AUGUCUUCGGCGUACGACCACGUCAAGAAAGGGUCACUGAAAUUCAAAGGUGGUGAAUCAGCGUCCAUCAAAAAAAAGAAGAAGAAGUCUUCAAAAUCAAGCAAGGAAAAGAUGGAUCGUGCUCUACGUGAAGAACAGAGCAAAUUGAAGCAAGUCUAUCAAGAUGUGGAAAAGACAGAGGCAGAACGCAAAUUCGAAGAGAUCAAGCGACAAAGACAAAUGGAAAGAGUGUCAAAAGCAGCUGCUAAAUCACAUAAAGAUCGAGUUCAAGAAUUCAAUCAUAAAUUGGAACAAUUGAGCGAGCAUCAUGAUAUUCCUAAAGUGGGUCCAGGCUAA